GCGCCGUAACGAUGUCGAAGUACAAGUGUUUGAUGCCCGCUGGUAUGUCUGAUGACGACGAUGACGAUGACGAUGACGACGAUGUCUUCUUCCCUGAAGAGAAGAAAGAACCCGCCGAGAAAGCCCACACAGAGAGUUAUACUCCAAGAAAGGACUCGACGAAAGAGGAGACGAAGGGCAUCGAUUUCGAGGUAUACAAUGAGGAACGUGUCUACGAAGAUCGCCUUGUAAAAGCCUGUACAAUGGGACAUUUAGGAGUGAUACAGGAAUAUUUCCAACAACAUGAUGUAGAGCAUGAUGUCAAUAAGUUCCUGCAUACUGGAUGGACUCUAUUGUUAUAUGCGACUUCAUCGGUGGAACCAGAAAUAGUAGAGUAUCUAUUGUUACACGGUGCAAACCCGAAUAAGCAUAAAGAUGGAUUCACACCUCUCAUGGCACUGUGUAAUUCCAUGAAGGGAACGACAAAAAAAUCUUUAAAAUGCCUUGAACUUCUGAUGCAAGCAAAAGCUGAUGCAAAUGUUACAAAUAAGCGGAGGGAAACAGCUCUAAUGUACGCAUGUAUGUCGCAGGACGCGGACGUCGUCAUCGAGCUUGUAAAAUACGUACAAAACAUUGAUGCAAGUGACAGCGAUGGAAAAACUGCAUUGAUCUAUGCUGCUGCAGCUAAUAAGCCUGAUAUUAUCAGAAUUCUUUUGGCGCAUAAUGCAAAUACUUCACUGACAGACAUAUACAAUUUAUCUGCCAAGGAUAUCGCGGAUACAAAAGGAUUCACCGAGGUAUCCGCUCUAUUGGACAAAGAUGAAGAAGAAGUGAUAACUUGUUGCAAGAUAUCCGAAGUGAUAACUUGGAGAGAUUUAUUUCCAAAUUUAUAUCCUAGAGAAAAGGAAGCUUUAGAUUAUGAUAUAUCAGUGAUGCUAUGUGGAAUGGGCUUGGAAAAAUAUGGGAUUUUAUUUCAAGGAAUGGAUAUUAAAACUUUUUUGCAGUUGACAGAAGAUGAUCUUUGUCGCUUAGGAAUUGAUAUUACUGUUCAUAGAGAACAAUUCCUAGGAAGUCUUGACAAAUUUCACAGCAAAAAGUGGCGUAUAGAUAGUUUUGGCAAUAUUAAGAAAACGGAUUCAUAUACAAUUUACAACGGUGUGAUAUCAUUAACAAAUGCGAAAAAGCAGAUUGGCGUGAUAGCUUCUAGUUUCCAAUAUAUCAAAAAUAAUUUGCUGAAAGCUGCGAGCGAAAAUAUCGUUUUGUCGCCUGUGAAAAGAACGGAAUAUGAAGAAGAACUGAGAAAAACGCAAAAAACUUUAAAACUCUUAAAGAAUGAGAUAAUAAAAGUUAAAAAAUUAGCUCAAGAGAUCGAUAAGGAAAAUAAUAUCGGUGUACCAGCAACUUGGAUUAAUCCCAAGAGUAAAUCCGGUUGGACUAUAACAAUAAGCAUUACAUUAAUGGUAGGGCUAUACUUAUGCAAAAGAAUGUAUAUUCAAAGAUUAUGGAAUAUGUAUAACAUUAGGAUAUCCUCGGUGCUUCGUUUUCCAACGAAUUUAUCACAUUUUUUCGAAUAAAUUCAGAUGUUACAUUGUUUCAUAGAACAAAUGAGCUUAUAAUAUAUAUAUAUAUAUAUAUAUAUAUAUAAU